GGGUCCGAUUUCAUCAAACAGGAAGUCUGCACCUUGACCCAAAACGUCCUCGACAGUUUUGAAAGCAGUCAUCGUCCAGCAAGUCAGGAGGACGUUUGCGUAGUACUUGAUCAUCCAAGAACACAAAUGCAUCCAUUUAACUUUUAAAAAAUUGUCUUUUCCAUAUGCAUGUUUCAGUCUUUAUAAUCAUUUUCAACACAAGUAUCAAUAGAAAGCAUGCACCUCCUGCUAAACAAACAUCAACAAACAGCUGUUCAAUCUAGAAUACGUCUUACGUCUGGGAUGAUGAUGUUCAUUAUUUGUAUUUACGUUGGCGUUGCAAUUGAUAUUUGCUAGCAUGUUUUUAAUAGCCGCUUCAUGUGACGCCACAACUUCGCGCGACUGCAAAUGACGUCACCGCUAGUGUCGUAACAAAGGGUGCGCUCGGGUUCCAACACGGGCGUCCUCCAGGUCCGUUUCCAACUGCACGUCAUUGGACAGUUUGAGCACAUUAAAACUUUCUUUCUUUGUGGAAAUGGUUUUACGGAAGCGUUUUCAUGCUUGUUGAUAUCAAAGAACUCUCCUCUCGGAAGCUCAUCGAGUCGCAAACUCGCUAAACUGGGGGAAACGUUUGCUGUGGCGACUCGUUAGCGCGUACCAAAUGUUGAGCAAAGUGUGAAAGCUCAAAACACUCGUGAGUCGAGGUACGAGGGUACAAGUUUGACGUUGCCACGUGGAAGGGGCGACGGAAGUAAAUGUGUCGUUUCAGAAAGGAAAUGUUAUGCCAUUGCCUGCGCGCUAACACGAAGCUAGCAUUGAAGCGUUCAUCGGAGGGGUGGGCGGUGACUUCACUGUUGGGGUUUGUUUGAUUUGCUGGACGUUACGGGCCGGGAGUUGGAUUCAAGCACGUAUCUGAGCAACACGUGAAAAGUGCGCUCACACAAAUAGCGCCAGUUCAACUUCAACUUUGUCAACUGUUUAUUUAAGAGAUGAAGUAAGAAUCCGAUCAUCAGGACUCGGGAAGCAGUGAAGUUUGCGUUCGUCUCCGCCGAGAGGACAAGGCAAGUCGUGUCCCUUUAAGAGGCUCGUGUUACAGGAAGUCGGAGGGGCGGUUCCAGCCGAGCCACACAACGGAGCCCGUCCGCCCGCCGCGGGACCCGAAAUUCAGUCUCGCCCUCGCCGCCGUCCUGUCAUGGUCGCUUGUGGCGGACGUGCGAGAUGGCGUCUCUAGCGGGCUCGAGCGACGACCUGGACGCGUCCCUGCGCCAGAUGCUCAAGGCCAUCGCAGACGAACGGAACCGACUCAACACCCGCCAGGAGAUCAGCGGCCUGGGUUGUUUGAAGGACGACCGCAUCGUGUUCUGGACGUGGAUGUUCUCCACGUACUUCAUGGAGAAGUGCGCCCCCCGUGAGGACGAUAUGCUCUUCUACGUCCGCAGGAAGUUGGCCUACGUGGACGCAGACAACGUCGAGGGCAAGAAGGUGGAGGUCGAAGUUUACAGGAGAGACUCCAAGAAGCUUCCGGGCCUCGGAGACCCCGACAUCGAUUGGGAGGAGAGCGUCUACCUCAACCUCGUCCUGCAGAAGCUGGACUACGUGGUGACGUGCGCCGUGUGCACGCGGUCGGAUGCCGGCGACAUUCACGUCCACAAGAAGAAAUGUCAGGAAGUGUUCGCGUCUCCCAGCAAACAUGCGAUGGACAGCAAAGGGGAGGAGUCCAAGAUGAGCUACCCGAACAUCUUCUUCAUGAUCGACAACUUCGAUGAGGUGUUCCAGGACAUGACGGUGGGCGAGGGCGAGAUGGUGUGCGUGGAACUGGUGGCCAGCGACAAGUCCAACGCCUUCCAGGGCGUCAUCUUCCAGGGUUCCAUUCGCUACGAGGCGCUCAGGAAGGUCUACGACAACCGGGUGAGCGUGGCGGCCAAAAUGGCGCAGCGGAUGUCGUUCGGCUUCUACAAGUUCAGCGGCUUGGAGUUUGUGCGCAUGAAGGGGCCGCAGGGCAAAGGUCACGCCGAAAUGGCCGUCAGCAGAGUGCCGGACGGAGCGGACGGCGACCGGGACGAUGACCGCACGCCGCCGCACGAGAGGGUGACGUCGUUCAGCACGCCGCCGACUCCCGAGCGCAACCGCCCGUCGUUCUUCUCGCCGUCGCUGCGUCGGAAGGUUCCCAGGCACAAGAUGGCCGAGAUGAAGAAGUCGCACUCGGCCAACGACAGCGAAGAAUUCUUCCGGGAAGAAGACGACGAAGAGCUCCACGGCGCCACCAACCUGCGCUCGCGCUCGCUGUCGGGGACGGGUCGCUCGCUGGUGGGAUCGUGGCUGAAACUGAACCGGGCCGACGACUACUUCCUGCUUUUCUCGCACCUCACCUACGUCACGCUUCCUCUGCACCGCAUCACUGCCGACAUCUUGGAGGUGCGUCAGAAGCCCAUCUUGAUGACGUAGCGUCGCGCGGGUGCCCCGCUAGCAAGCGCCGCCCCGCAUCAGCGCCCCCCGGGGGCCGCGCCCGCACCGGACAGUGCCGCCGCCGCCGCCUAAGACAACCAGCCGUCCGACAAGUGCCUCCUCUUCGUCACCUCCUCGCGCUCGUCUCCGAAAUCAACACACCUUCGGCACAAACUCUCACAGGAAGCGAUGUCACUUCUGCGAAGUGGUGUGACUGACAGGAAGUGACGUCACUCUUGGCAGGAAGUGGUCCCGCCGCCUUCUGCCUUUCCAACAUGGCGAUCGGACGCUUACGCGAGAAAGGGAAGAAGAAACUUGCAGUGUUGAGUUGAGCCAAUCAGGAAGCGCAAUGUUGACAUUUGGACUUUUUAAUAAGUUUUCUUCAAGUUGGAACACAAACAUGUGACGUGACUCAAGCGUCACACGAGCGGUGCUUUUGCUACACUUCACGUCCGUUCGGCCAUCACGUCGCUUGUCACGAAGCACUCACGACAGACGAGAGAAACUUUCUUAACAGCAACAUUGACAGAAUAAACGAGAUUGACAAACUUCUUGUUUCCGUUCUUCCCAACAGGCGUCUGGGGCGCGGUGCCAAGGACACUUGGAACAAAAAAAACCUAAAGUCUGUCUGUCAGAGUCUGCGAUGGAGGAAACAACAACCCAAAAGUUCCUCCUUGUGGUUCAGCUCAGCAGGAAACCCCAACAGGCAUGCGCAACCCACCAAAAUAAAAGAGUAAAAGCAAGAUAAAAGCUGGAGGGAAUGUCGCAGCUCAACGCCCGCUGGGACCGGAGACGUGCACGUACGUGUGUGCGUUCACCCUUGCUUCUCCUCCAGAGUCUGGUGCAGCUGGUCGGCGUCGUCGGCGGUCUUGACGCGGAUGAGGAGGGGCACGGGAGUGCCCGGGUUCUUGUCGUCCACGGGCGGGUUGGGCACGCACACCACCAUCACGUUGUUCUUGCCCACCCGCGAGCACGGCACGCCGGCGGGCAGCAGCACGUUGAGGAGGAUGUUUCCUGCCGGACGCGAGGGAGCGCACGCGUUACCACGGCCACCGGCUCCUCACCCGGCAGGGCGGCGGCCUUACCCAGGUUGGUGUCCGCCCUGAUGAUCAUCUGCGUUUUGCCGCCGGCCGUCUCUUUGAGGUGCAGCGUGCCGACGCCUUUCUCCUUGAACUCGCCGUCCUUCUUGUAGAAAAGUUUGCACCUGACACACACGACCAAUCGAGGUUAGCGUACUGGCCGCCGAUGGCGGCGGGCCGCCGCGACCGAGCGAGGCGUACUUCUUGGAGUAGAAGGCGUCGUCUUCUUUGAUCUCCUUCACGUCGGGUUCGGGCGGCUCGUAGGCGUCGUCGUCGUUGCCCGCGUUCGCCUCUGCGCAAAUGAAAGUGAGCAAACGUUUACCGGACGAAAACUUUUGAUUGGGCACUCGCUUGGAGGACGGACAGAAAAGGAAAUUAAUUGGGAAAAAAAUUGACAAAAGUAUCCCGCAAAAUGUUCCAUCUCCAAAUUCAUACCUAAUGUAACAGUAUUGCAUUGGCACCACAGAACUAUGUUGAAGUGAGUUGAGUUAGCUGUAUGUGGUGCUUCGGCACCACCUUGGUUCGGUCUGGGUAUUGUCGAGAACGCCGCGAUUCAAUUUCUGUUCUUUGGGUUGCGAUUCUGUAUGGAUUUCAACACCUUGUCGUCGAUUUGUUGGCAGUUUUUAUAAAAAAAAAAAAAAAAGAAAAAAGUACUUUCAUGCCCAUGUGAACAGACGCGGUACGCCACCUCACAUUUUGGUGUAACAAAACUAAAAUUAGCACAAUGACUAAACAAAAGUCAAACGCAUGACAGUUCUGUACAAACAGUGAAAAUAAAGCCUAAAAAACGGAUUUGAUGCUGGAUCAAUAUUGAAUCGGGGUCGGGAAUAUUGCGUCGCAUUGAUUCAUGGCUAUUUUGACCCACCCCUAAUCUUGGUGCCGAGGGACUACGUUCCAGUCAGUUGCGGCGAGUCACAAUCUUGUGGCAUGAAAAGGCAAUUCACUGCAUAAGACGGUGGGCCUCAGUUGUUCAGUCCCUAUCCAAGCAAAAAAAAAAAAAAGUGUACUUCCUGUCUCCUGUUGGUGUACCUGAAGGCGCGGCGCGGUCCGUCUGAGCAAAGGGUUGCGAGGCGCCUCCAAACAAGGAAAAGGCGGGCGUGGCCGUCUUCAGCACAGAGCUGUCCACCUUCUGACCGAAGUUGAACGUGACAGCAGGCGACUCCUCCUUCUCGUCCUUGAAAGAAAACGAGGACGAGGAGGCAGGAAGCGAGGGGCGGGCUUUCCGGUCUUCUGUGCCCGCCGCCGCGCCGUACUGCCGCUCGAUGCUGGCCAGGUGGCGCUCGUAGUCGCGGAAGAUGGGCUGCAGGUCGCACAGCGGGUUGUCGUCGACGUGUUUGCUGAUCCAGUCGCGGACGGAGCAGUUGAGCGCCGUCAGCUGGCGGCCGUACUCCUUGGCCGGCUUGGCGCCGACGUCGGCCGAACCGUUGUACGCCGGCCCCGAGGAAUCAUCUGGAAGGUUCUGAGGCGUCAAAUCUCACACGACUGGCAAAUUCAAACUCAGAUGGCACACCGGUUUCAAUUUUGGGCUUCCUGAGUGUGAAUUUGAAUUCCAAACCCUUUUUCUAUUCAUCGAAGAAUCAAAUAAAAAAACAAAACAAAAAAAACCUUCCAAUUUCCAUCCCUUUAUUCAAAAACAGGCCAUAAAUUGAUGAUGAUGAUGAUGAUGUGGUCUGUAACAUCCAUCAGAAAAUGUUGAUGAUUGUAUUUUUGGGGGGAAUAAUCAGUCUUUUUUCACUGACGACGACAGAAAUCGAGAAUAUUUCCUGUUGUGAGGCUGAGAGUAUUUGGACUACUUGAAGUUGCGCACAUUGUUGCACCGCCGAAUUCAAAUUCAGACUCGGAUGACACCGGGUCCAGCGUACGUCCGUACCAGGCGAAGUCGUGACGUUAACGGUGACUCACCAGGCGCGCUCGCGGUCGUAGACGCUGACGACGACGCGGCGGCGAAGGACGGCGCGAGGACGCCGCCGCUCCCGUUGGUCAGAGCGCUCAAGCGCUUGAACCCGCCGCCAUUGCCGAAGGCGGAGAAGGGCGUCGGCGUUAAGGAAGCGCUCGCCGAGAAACCUUUGAACCCUCUGAAGGCCCCGCCAGCCUCGCCCUAAAACACACGCCGUUGGUAAGAUCACGGUGAGGAUGAUGAUGUCAUCCAUUUUACCUCCGGCCCAACGUUCCGCCGCUUGGCCUUCUUGAUGUUGCGGUUUUUCAUCACGUCUUCCGUGGCCACUGAGAAGGUUCCGGCCUAAAGAGACAAACGCGCGUGAGAGCCAUCACAUCCGGCGGCGUUGAUGCAAAGCCUUGUGGGCAAUCGUGACGUCACCUCCUCUCCCUCCUCCUCCUGGUCCCAGUUGCGGUCCGUCAGCUCUUUGUCUGCGAUCCGCUUCGCCAUCGCACCUGUGCCACACGCGGAACGCGUUAGUCAACUUGCAACGGAACACCACGCAUGCGCCGUGGCGUACGGGUCAAGAGGUCACGAAAUGAACACCGCCGCGUUGCUUCUCUUCAAGGAAUGUAAGCAAACAUCGAUUCAUACACAUUUGAUUAUAUGAACGAAGUUAAAUGUGCUAUAAGUCACGUGACGAGACGUAGCCGUACGCGUGCGGUCGUGCCAACACGUAACGUCAACUUAAGUCGGUGGAAAAACACAUUUUCAAGGAGGUCCAACAUUUGAGUUGUUGUCCGGUGGCGACAUUUCGUCAAGAGCAGCAGCAGCUAAAGUUCUGUUUAGCCCCGCUUGGGAGCUAACGUUAGCAUGGGACUGCUCACGCCUCCCUCACUGGAGGUCUUUUCUUGUACCUUGCGUGUCGGCAGAAGUCCAAAGUGUGCACGAGAAGGAAGACGAGGUUUGACACGCCGACUCUUGUCACGAGAAGCAGGGCAGUGAUUUAAACGAGCCUAUCUCAAGCCGCCAUUUCACGCAUCAGCAACACAUCCGCAUGAGUUUGCCCGGGUGCUUCUCUGCGCAUGCGUCGUGCUGGGGCAUUCUGGGAUUUGGCGUUUGUCGGCUCAGUUUGCUGCUGGGUCCUUACCACAACUUCGUAAAGGAUUUUUGUCGUUUAUGCUGUUGUGUUAAUAAAUAGUUAAUGGAUGAACAAUUCAUGAUACAGUUUAUUGAUUGGAUGAGCUGUGGUGGUCGGAACCAGCAGACUUCAACUGCGAUUCUGCCUCGUGUCCAGCUGGUGGCGACACCAAUCUGCUGGAAGGAAGAAAGUUCAACUUUCCAUCUGCUCAACUCUUCGUUUUUUCUCGGUCCCCUUCGUUCCUUCCUGGACAUAAAAGGGGCAAAGACAGCAACUUGCAACUUGGAGCUGAUGUGUAUGUAUGUGGAAGGUUUUCCGAUACAGUGAACACUCUACAAUAGGUGCACGUCAAGCAAGUCUGAGCAAACAUAAAAAAAUCGUUUCCCCUCCCUAAGGCGUUAAACAUAUACAUUUAUUAAAACACACUUAAAUGUAGUACUUCACUUUUUAAAAGUAAUCCUUAGCCCCUGUUGUCACAUUUUG